AUGAAAGCAUUGUUGAAUAUUAUUUAUCUAGUCAAGAGACUCAUUGAUGACGGAUACGGGAAUACUACUAUUUUCGAUGUUUGUUACAUUCCAAGAAGUCAUCCUAGAAAUGAUCCACUAGGGUGCUAUGUUAGAAACGUGAAUUCUGCCGAGACUUUCAAUGGACUUGCUAGUUUAGGUUUUGCCGAUCCACAGCGAGCUAAAAAUCUGAUGGAUCCGGGAUUUUGCGUCAACUAUUGUGGUAACUACCUUUUUAAAUAUGCUGCUCUCGGAAAAGGAAAAGAUUGUCGCUGUGGAAAAGAUAAUAGUCUCGCAGCCUAUACUGAACUAAAUGACACUGAAUGCAAUAUCACUUGUGUUGGCAGUAAAACUGAUAUGUGUGGAGGGGAAGAAGCUUAUACUGUUUAUGACACAAGUGAACUGCCAAGCUAUAAAGUGCCUAAGAUAACUAUUAAUGAAAAACUUGAUAUAAUUCAUAAUCUUGAGAACAACCCACAGUAUAAAGGAUGUAUCGCAGAUAGUCCUUUUUGUAAUAGAAGAACCUUAAACGCCGCAUCCGAAACGUUCACUAAUAUGACGGUUGAUAAGUGCAUAGACUUUUGCAAAAAAGGUGGUUUCAACUACACGGGAUUAGAAAUGGGAACUGAAUGUUAUUGUGGUAAUACUUACGAUCCUACCAAUUUAAAAACAGAAGAAUGUAGUACUAGUUGUCCAGGCAAUAAUUCACAAAUGUGCGGCGGUCCUUUAGCUCUUAGUGUAUAUGAAGUCCCUCCUCUAACGUCAGCUCAUAGUGUAACUCCCGCUUCAGUACUAGGUUUGAGCGUUGGGCUGGUAGCAGGAUUCCUUCUGAUUUGUCUAGGAAUAUGGUUUUAUCUACGAAGACGACCAAAAAAACAGUCGGAUUUUUCUGAUGAAAGUUGUAGCAGUAACAUUUCUUCUGAUGAUGAUAAGAUAAACACAUGA